AUGGACACCUUUACUAAUGCAUAUUUUAUCGUUGCUGGAAAUACCAAUGCCCACUCCCCUACUUGGGGAGGGGAGUGCCUGGACAGCCGCGGCCGUCUCCUUGAAAAUUUUUACGCUCGCAAUAGCCUGCUGAUACUCAACAAUCCCAAUUCUCCACCUACCUUCACAUCAAGCCGGGGUCACAGCUGGAUUGAUGUGACGGCCUGCUCUACUGAAUGCUUCCCUCUCAUCAGUGACUGGAAGAUUCUAGAUGAUUCAGUUGAUGACCAUGCUUUUAUAUCUUUUACCAUUGGAGUUAACUCUCCCGGUCUCUCUCACCGACGUCUAAAAUACAGCCUGAAACAUGCCAAUUGGUCUGCCCUUCAAUUAUUUCUCGAGGAUAAUCUAGUGCCUUGUGAUCACGAUGACCCCAACGUGGUCCGUGUACAAAUCGAUCACAACAUUGAGGUUAUCAACACGGCAUGCAGUUCACAUAUUCCCAUGUACACCAACAAGCGUAAACCAGUCCCGUGGUGGACAUCUGAGCUGACAGGCCUUAGGAAGGAAAAUAUCCGUCUGAGGAAAAAAUAUCAAAACUGCCAUACCGAACCUAAUCGCACCAACCAUAAGCAGCUAUACUUUGACCAUCUUCACCUUGUACAAAAACAAAAUAAAGCAUGCAAAACAGGAGUCUUGGAAAAAUUUCUGUGCCUCUACCACUAG